AUGCUUACUCUCUACAUUAAACCAGUCAACAAGCGUGCCGAAGCGUUCGAGGACUACAUCAUUCCAAUCGACAAGCGUGCGGAAGCGGUUGAGGACUACAUUAUUCCAAUCGACAAGCGUGCGGAAGCGGUUGAAGACUACAUUAUUCCAAUCGACAAGCGUGCGGAAGCGGUCGAGGAUUAUAUUAUUCCAAUCGACAAGCGUGCCGAAGCGGUCGAGGACUACAUUAUUCCAAUUGGCUAG